GGAUUUGAAAACACUUUACAUCUUUGAUCUUUAAACUGAGUUAACAACAAUAAACAUACUUCCAUUAAAACACAAUGACCUACCGUCCUCCACACUCCACCUCUCAAAGAGAAUACUGCAAUAGUAACCUACCGCAGACCACCCAAGCGUUUGGCUUCCCUCCUUCACAUCUAUAUCCCCUACCAAAUUCUAACACCCCCAUCCGGGAUCCGCAAUACAAUAGCCGUAGAGAUUACCUUCCCCAAUCCCCGAAGCGAAUCAAGCGUUCCUACUCGCCGCUGCCAAGACCACCUAUAGGACCAAUCCCAACCUUACGUGUACCUUCGCCAACACUUCCAGGGCCGCUUCCUCGCGCCCAAACACACCCAUCUGUUAAUCCGUCUGCUUAUGGUAAUAUCACUCCUCGCCGUUCGGAAGGCAGAAGACCCCAAGGAAAUCCCAAACAGAAAAUUCGGGAAAGACCUGCCAAAAAGGGUGCUCAUGAAGUAGAGAAAAGACGCGAAGUGGAGUCAAAGAAUGAAGGCGAAAAAAGCUUGGAAAAAGAAAAAUUGGAUUAUCGAAGACGAACGAAGAAGGAUCAUAACGGCCCGGUUGAGAGACGGGAGAUGAGAUCUAGUGAUGCUGCUGCUCGAGGCUUUUACAGAGAUGGGGAUCAAGGAAACUUGGAGAAGAGAGUCCGCUGGAAGGGACAGACUUUUCGAGGAGAUCUGCGUGGUUAGUUGACUGUGAAACUUCUGAAGCUUGGUAAGUUUGUCUAUGCUUUAGGUAUCUGUUUGAUAUGCUACUUGGACGAGCUGCUGGAUCUCUACUUGCUUUGGGAACUCUCUUCAGGAUAUGAAUGUGUGAGGUAUGUCCUGAUAUGCGGCAUAGAAUGGUGCAGUUUGGGAAUUUGUUUAGUUUCUUUAGUCUUUUUGGGGGAGGGGGCGUGCCAAGAGGGAAUAUUGGGAAAAAGGUAUCUUCAAGGGAUAUUACUGCGGAAUGCAGACCCAUUUUAAAGGGAAUUGGCUCAAUAUUUGACAUCUAUUAGAUUCAUAGGCAAGGGUUUUAUAAUGAGUCA